AGCACAAAGGUGGGGGAGGGGUAAGCAAGGGCCAUGGGAGGAGGCAAGGGGGGAGCAGGCACAGGGAAGGGCUGCCUCCUGAGGCUUUUACAAGAUGUCUGUGCAGCCAGAUAUUGUGCAAGGGGUGAAUACUCACUUGCACCAGACACUCGAUGAAAGUCAUGGCUUCCCUGGAAAAGACAGAGGAGAGGGAAAAUUCAUCAAAGGUCCCAUGCUCCUGGGACUCCAGGGUGAGGAUAAACUGGCCCCAAUCCCAAAACAUCCUUUACUCCAGCUCCCUUUCUCUUCAUCAUGUUCAUAUCUAACUAGCCCGCAAACGGAAGAUCAUAGGUUUCCAGCAAGGAGAAAUAGCUUGACUCAAGCAAGCUUUCCAUACCAGGUGCCAGCAGGCUGGGCCAGUCCCAGGGGCUUCUUCCUCCCCUGCCAAGUGUGAACUCCCUUGGUUCUCAAUGCCCCACUGCCACACCUGCCCUAUUUCCCUGGAGAGUCUAGCCCUGCUAUUGAUGGAAUCCAAGACUCCAGCUCUCUAUGCAGUCCCUUUCUUCCCCUGGCGCUGUUCAGGGGUCUUGCAAGCCCCUUCCCGCCACCAUAAAUCAAAACGGA